AUUGCAUCUCGAAAUUUCAACCACUACACGAUCUGUACAUAGAUAACGUGAUCGAAUAAAUUACACAUGUGUUUGUCCAUCAAGUUUUUCGUGGAAAAAUCUAAAAUGAAAAUCUUAACCAAUCUAGCCUUUUCCGUGUUACGACAAAAAUGUUGGACAUCAAGAAUAAUCAAUACGAGUCGUAUGAUGUGUUCAAACUCAUCCGAACCGAAAUCUUGUCUCGAUGAAGAUCUACCGGAUCCAAAUAUGAUCAAUCCAUAUCUAAAAGAAAAACCACAAUGCAUUUUAUGUCGUUAUGGAAUUGAAAUUGAUUACAAGAACGUUCGUUUGUUGAGUCAAUUUGUGUCACCAUAUACAGGACGUUUAUAUGACAAACAUAUUACCGGUCUUUGUGAACAUCAACAUCGAGCUGUACGAAAAGAGCUUUCCCGUGCUGUUCGAUUUGGUUUUAUGUCGAUGUUCUAUCGUGAUCCAAAAUUUAACAGUGACCCGAAAUUGUUUGAUCCAACUAGACCUCAACGUGCUAAUCCAUAUUAAACUCAAAAAUCAUCAUUGUAGAUUCAUUUUUUGCAUCGUUUAAAGUUUUAUUAUCCCAAACAAAAAAAAAACUAGAAAAUUAAUUGCUUUC